AUUUUGCUUUUUGUAACAGUAACAAACUUUCAUCAUAAUCCACCAUAACACAACAAUAUUCUGCGUUCAGAAGCAUGUAAUUGUGAAUAACUCUGGAUGGCAUAAAACAUCUGAUUUGGCAUGAAAUAUUUAGAGAAUUUGAUAUUAUGCUAUCUUAUAUUUUUUCAACUUCUAUGCGAAUACUUCAUAAUCCCAAGUCCUGAGCAUUGAUGGAGUUAUUGGAUUAAGAGCAAGCUCCAACGGCUUUUUAUGUUUGAAAACCCGCCAAACGGCUCAUGUAUAUACUUCUCUGCAAGCGCAAAACGUUUGUGCUCAUCUUUACAAAAUGACAGUCUGCACCGCUUUCAAGAAUUAAGAUCUUAACCAUUUCUCAAUCUUCUCGAUUAUCACCACCUGUCAUGCUUUUCUGGGCAUACCUUUAAGUUGAUCCAUUUGGGCCUUUUCUUGGCUUAUAUUUUAGAGCAUUCUUUCAGGUCGAUCCAAUCUAUCUGAGGUUGAAAAAGUAAAGUUUUGGAGCACGCUGAUUAGCUUCUAGCUGAAAUGGAUCCAUACAAACACAGACCAUCUAGUGCUCACAAUUCUUCUCUCUGGACAACCAACCGGGGGGCACCUGUUUGGAAUAAUAAUUCUUCCCAUACAGUAGGAGAUCGAGGACCUGUGUUAUUGGAGGACUAUCACUUGGUAGAGAAGCUUGCUCAAUUUGACAGAGAAAGGAUUCCUGAGAGAGUUGUUCAUGCAAGAGGAGUAUCUGCCAAGGGAUUUUUCGAGGUGACACAUGAUGUUUCACACCUGACUUGUGCUGAUUUUUUGAGGGCACCUGGGGUUCAGACACCUCUUAUUGUGCGCUUCUCUACUGUCAUACAUGAACGUGGGAGUCCGGAGACAUUGAGAGAUCCAAGGGGCUUUGCAGUCAAGUUUUAUACAAGAGAAGGAAACUUUGAUCUUGUUGGGAACAACAUCCCUGUGUUCUUUAUUCGUGAUGGAAUGAAGUUUCCUGAUGUCAUUCAUGCUCUCAAGCCCAACCCAAAGACUCAUAUUCAGGAGCCAUGGCGUAUCAUGGAUUUCUUUUCCCAUGUUCCUGAAAGUUGUCACAUGUUCACAUUUUUGUUUGAUGACUGGGGGAUUCCAUCAGAUUUCAGGCACAUUGAAGGUUUUGGAGUUCACACUUUCAAGUUGAUUAAUAGAGAUGGGAAAGAAACAUAUUGCAAGUUUCAUUGGAAACCUACUUGUGGACUCAAGUUUUUACUUGAUGAGAAGGCUGUAGUCGUGGGAGGUACUAAUCAUAGUCAUGCUACCAAAGAUUUAUACGAUGCUAUAGCUUCUGGAAACUAUCCUGAGUGGAAGCUAUAUAUUCAGACCAUGGAUCCAUCUGAUGAAGAUAAGUUUGAUUUUGAUCCUCUUGAUGACACAAAAACCUGGCCAGAGGAUCUGUUUCCUUUGCAGCCGGUUGGAAGGAUGGUCUUGAACAAAAACAUCGAUAAUUUCUUUAACGAGAAUGAACAGUUAGCAUUCUGCCCUGGAGUAAUUGUACCUGGCAUCUAUUAUACAGAUGAUAAAAUGUUUCAGACUCGUGUUUUCUCAUACUCUGACACACAGAGACACAGGCUAGGGCCCAAUUACUUGCUACUCCCUGUUAAUGCACCCAAGUGCUCACAUCACAACAAUCAUCAUGAGGGUUUCAUGAAUUUCAUGCAUAGAGAUGAGGAGGUGAAUUAUUUUCCUUCACAUUUUGAUCGAGUUCAACACUCAGAGAGGGUACCCCUUCCACGAAAUCCUGUCAGUGGUGCAAGGGAAAAGAGAAUCAUUCCAAAAGAGAACAACUUCAAGCAACCUGGUGAACGAUAUCGAUCAUGGCCUCAUGACAGACAAGAAAGAUUUAUCCAACGUUUUGCUGAUGCCUUGUCUGAUGUAAGGGUGACCGAUGAGAUCAGGAGUGUCUGGAUAUCUUAUUGGUCUCAGUGUGACAGAGACUUAGGAAAUACGUUGGCUAAACGUCUUGCGAAGAAAGCCUCUAUGUGAAGAGAGCUCGCCUAUUCAACUGCAACAGAGAGAAAAUGUGUAGAUCUCUUCUUUGCUUUGGUUUCAGUAUGACCGACAGGCUUGGAAAUUGUUUCAUAAAUAAGUGGUUCAUCUAGUUCAUCUUGUUAAUUAUCAUUUAGAAUUUUAUGUAUUCUCUCGUGAUCAUGACAUUGCAUGGAUUGAAUUAUUAUUAUAAAUAGAAUUCUGGAAAUGAGUUCUCUAAUGUUUCAAUUUAAAAAUAAGAUUUGACGGACUGUUUUUCAAUGAAUAA